AUGGACACCCACAACCUAACCACCAUCUCAGAGUUCCUCCUCACAGGGUUCUCUGACCUCCCAGAAGUGCGCUACCCACUCUUUGUGGUCUUUGCUGUCAUCUAUCAGGUCACAUUGAUGGGAAAUGGGGCCAUUCUCUUUGUCAUUGGGUCUGAAAAAAAGCUCCACACACCGAUGUAUUAUUUUUUGGCAAAUUUGGCCCUCUUAGAUAUUUUCUGUCCAUCAACUACUGUUCCCAAGUUACUCAAGAACCUCUUAACCAAGGAACAAAGCAUUUCUUUUGUUGGAUGUGCUUUGCAGCUCUUUCUACUGGUGGCCCUCUUAGGGACUGAAGUCUUCCUUCUUGCUGUCAUGUCUUAUGACAGGUAUGUGGCCAUAUGUUUUCCCCUCCGUUACAACCUCAUCAUGACUAAAGGACUUUGUGUCCAGCUCACCACCAGUACUUGGGCAGCAGGGUUUCUCCACUCUGCACUACACACAGUUUUCACCUUCCGCCUGUCCUUCUGUAAGUCUAAUCGAGUCAACCAGUAUUACUGUGACAUCCCUCCAGUGGUGGCCCUCUCCUGCUCUUCCACAUACGUGGCACAAAUGCUUAUCUUAGUAGUAGGAGGUAUCUUUGCAGUCAGCACCUUCCUGAUCACUGGUAUCUCUUAUAUCUACAUCAUAUUCACCAUCCUGAAGAUUAGGUCAGCAGAAGGGAAGAACAAAGCCUUCUCCACAUGUGCUUCCCACCUCCUGGUGGUUUGUUUGUUCUAUGGUACAGUGUUAUCAAACUAUGUCCGCCCAUCCUCC